CACAAAAUUAUGAUUUUUUGCUCAUCGGAGGGCUUUUUCCAGACAAAAAAUAUAGAUAUCUCUCGUCUCAGGGGGACAUGAGGGAGGGAAUUAGCACGGUCAUUCGAAAAUACUGCGUUUCUACUGAUACAAAGCUUAUGCUAAUCGGUGAAGUGUCCCUUUAAAGAGCCCUACGGCGUACAUGUACUCACUACGUCACUACGUUUGUGUACUGUAACGGGAAGUUUUUGACAGCGCAUGCACGGAAGUUGACUGUUGUGUGUAGCCUACAUUUUACACACAUAUCUGAGAAAUGCUCCUCCGGUUUCCUCAUAACGUGAUAGGUUCUUGUGGGAGCAGAUCUGCUCCACAACUUUUUGACUUUGGGAAAGGCUGUACUCAGCGUGGAAAGACGGGACGUUCUUUCGUCGACUCCUCUGUCUUAGGGCAAGACAGACUUGUCAGCCCUACCGUUCAACAACCUUUGGAAGUCCUUCGACGUCUAUAUCUCCGAUGGUUUCAAAAGCUUUCGUUGACUGCAGACUUACCGCCCUGGCGUAUAUCAUCUCGAGUCUGCAAGAUGUUAUGCAUCAGAGGGAAGCAGAAGAUGCACGUUGGUUAUAUAUUUGCUAACAAUACAUCUCAAACCCCGACGUUUCUAAACGUUGGGAAGGACCCGGUCCUUCUGAAACGCACCAAGUUGUUAGUCAGAGAGCUCAGCACAUCCAUGACAUUUCUACAGUAUGACGUGAGAAAAACAGAUAUGGUGAAGUCUGGCAGCAGGAAGCUCUUCUUUGACACACAUGCCAUAGUGCGUCUCCUGGAAGGGAAUGGAUUCAGCACGGAGCAGUCUGAAGCUAUUGUCUCAGUUAUGGUGAAGACAACCAAUGCCAACAUGGACACCAUGUAUGCAGACAUGGUAACCAAAACGCAGCAGGAAAUUAUGUUGCAGCGAGUGAUGUCUCACAUUGUCGCUGUGAAAAAGGACAUGAUCAUCCUGGAGAAGAGUGAAUUCUCUGCUCUGCUGUCAGAGAAUGAGAAAGUGAAAAUAGAGCUACUGCAGCUGAAGAUGCAACUAGCUGAUGUGAUGAACAAAGUCCGAUCUGACGCAAUCAUGGAUAUGAAUGUAGAGAAGAGCAGAAUGAAAGAGAUGAAAGCAGAGCACGGAAAGAAGCUUCUGGAAGCACGGAAUGAAAUGAUGGAGAUGAAUGCAGAAAAUGAGCGCCAUGUCACUCAGAUUAACAUGAAGAUUGACACAGAGGUAGCUGGCCUGAAGACCCUGCUAGAAUCACACAAACUGGACACCAUAAAAUACCUCGCAGGUUCUGUCUUCACCUGUCUCACUGUGGUUCUGGGAUUCUAUCGGAUAUGGAUGUAGAUCAGAACGAUGAACCACUGGACAGUCACAUCUGAAUGGACUCAAUUAAAGAUGGUCUCGGCACAAUGAGAAUGUGGACAAAAAUCGCACAAACUGUAGAAUCGCACAAACUGUUGUUGUUGUUUGCUGUUUUUAAAAGGGAUGCUUUGUGAGGUUGGCGAGGCAUUUUAUCUAUUUGUCUGCUCUUGACUUCACGUACACACCUGAUGUUUUAGAGAAUCAAUAGUACCAAAAGUGAAAUUAUCUUAGACUUACCACUUUUAACUGAAGUCAAUUUGAAUAUCUUCACUCAGUCUAAGUGAACAUGAACAGUGAAGGAAGGAACCUUUUGGCCACUUGACACAAAUUAUUUUUUUAUAAGUGUUUUUAGAAUAAAGUAUAACCUGGAAGAUUGCGUAUUGAACUUGCCUUGGACAUACUAAUGUCCAAUAAAAACACUGCCUUGGACAUACUAAUGACCUGCAGGAAGAGGCACUGUAUGACCAAAUGUACAACUAUGCAUGAAGACCCUGUACCUUUGAAACUUUAGAUUUUAUAGGUUUUGUAAAUAUGACAAGGGGACUUCCUCAGGUGCCAACAAAAGAUUUAGUAUAUUGAAUAUUUUUUUAUAUUUCUAGACAUUCUGCAUUACACUAAGAUACUAAACAUUUUCAAACAGUCUUGUGAGACAUCCGUUAUAAAUGUUAAAGAGAAUGUUAAUAUCUUGAUACGGUUUCAUGAAAAUACUUUUUCUACUGGAUGCUGAAAUUGUGACCAAGUGAUGACAAACUGCAUGACAGCAAAUGGACCAUUUGGUUUUCAUGGGUAAUAAAACUGUUACAUUGGAUAUAAAA